AUGAAAAAUCCAGAGAACUUUCAUCCUUCUGUAAGCAAGGAAACAAGGCCUCUUCCCAUUCUUAGAGACAUUCUUUAUUGUACGGCGCUUGCAGGAAAGGCUUUGAUACAAGACGAGUUUUCUUCGUGUUUUCAGCAGAAAGAAACAAAGGCAGAAUUCACGGUUUCGUAUGGCUGGAGUAUGUUUUGUCGGUACAGCUUAAUUUUGCCACUACGCCUGCCCGCCACACUAGUUAUACUUUUGUUCUACUCCACUUUAAUUAUACUCUCACGGGUGGUCCUUAGAGGGAUAGGAAGCAAUCUUCUUCUUAAGUUAGCAUGCAAAGGGCUACUUUGGGCAAUGGGGGUGCAGGUAAAGCACUACGGAAACAAAAAAAAGCCAGACUAUCCACAUGUAUACAUAGCAAAUCAUACUACAUAUAUGGACUAUAUAAUUUUGAGCAGCCAUCGUUUUGCACACUCUGUCAUUGCACAGAGACAGGAUGGAUUUAUGUCCAUGCUUUUAAAACUGGUAAGUGGGUCAGUGCAGUUUGAAAGAAAGAUAAAAGCAAAUCGAAAUGAGGUAAAAGAAGAGAUUCGAAAGCUUGCGCAAAAUGCAUCAAUAAUUGUGUUUCCUGAGGGAACGUGUGUAAACAAUGAAUACACUGUUAUGUUUCAAAAGGGGGCAUUUGAGCUGGGAGUUCCUGUAUGCCCAGUUGCAAUAAAAUAUAAUAAAAGUUUAGGAGACCCGUACUGGAACACAAAGAAGCAGUCAUUCACCAAAUAUUUUAUAUAUCUUAUUACAAGAUGGCGCACAGAGGUGUCUGUUUGGUGGCUGCCUCCUAUGAAAGCAGAAGAGAAUGAAAGUGCUGCGGAAUUUGCAACGCGUGUCAAAAAGUUGAUAUCAGAGAAAGCAGGACUAAAAAAUCUUGUGUGGAAUGGAUACUUGAAGCACUGUAAAAGUCCUGAAGAAAUGAAAGAAAUAAAGCGCUGGGGUGAUCAACUAACACCUACUCUUCUACCAGAGGCGGCUAGAAAAUCAAGUAUAGAUGGCUAGGUGUGUCGCAAUGCAUAAAACACACUAGUUAAAUAUAUAUGUAACUAGA